CAGCACCAGUAGCUUGCAUCAGCCGUAAACCACACGUGUCUGGACAAUAGUUUUUAAGCAUAUUUUUGCUCCUUUUCAGCAAAAUGCGCAGCAACGAAUAUAGAGUUAUUUUGCUAGCUGCAGGGUCAGGAUCCCGGAUGCGAGACAUAACCAAUAACAAGCCAAAAUGUUUGCUUCCUGUUGGAAAUAUGCCUUUGAUCUGGUAUCCCUUAUCCUUGCUGGAAAGAGAGGGUUUCAAAGAGGUGAAUGUAAUAACACUCGAUGUUCAACACGCAGAAGUGAAGAAAGCAGUAGACAAAUUGGGUCUGAAAUUGGACGUAAAAUUCCACACGAUCAGGGAAUCCGAUGAUUUGGGAACAGCAGAUGCUUUAAAAAAAGUUGCUAUCUGUGGAGAAUGGAAAGAGGACGUGAUUGUCAUGGGAUGCGACUUCAUCACAGACCAAUCUCUUGAUGAAAUGAUCAAAUUGCAUAGGACAACAGGUGCAGGGAUGUCAGCCUUUUUCUUUCCGUCAAUACCUGAAUCCACUUCUGUGCCUGGACCAAAAUCAAAGAUCAGAACAGAUCGUGAUUUAGUUGUUCUUGAUAAGCACAACAGAUUGUUGAUGCUAACAUCAGCAAUGGACCAUGAUGAGAAUAUGAGCGUAAGGAUGAGAAUUAUUAAGAAACUUGGCCGAAUUGACAUUAAAAGUCGUUUGACGGAUGGGCACUUCUAUAUACUUGACAACCGGGUUUGGAAUUUCAUCAUCAGUGAGGAAAAUUCCGAUAUGUCGUUGAAAGGAGAGGUGCUCCCUUUUAUUAUCAAGCAGCAAUUUUCGCAUCUCAACAAGGUCGUCCACAAGGAAUCAAAAGGAGAGCUAAAGAGAUUGAGCGUGGAUAUCGAUGAUGAACAGGAGACUGAAGAAACUCAUAAGUUCUUCAAGCACUUCACUGUGGACGAAUUGCAGAACUUGACUGACCUAUACAAUGGUUACAACAACCAUCCUGACUCAAGCUAUGGGCGCUAUUUGGAUGACCGGCUGCGUUGCUUUGCCAUCAUUGCUCCUUCUGGAAGCAGCUUCAAAGUCAAUACUCUUGCCUCAUACUGUGAAGUCAAUCGACAGGUUCUGCUGGCCGAAAACUGGGAAAGAUUUGCCAAGUCAAAGCCACUUGUCCGGGUUGAUCCUUCAUGUGGGAGCAAAACAAGAAAGAUUGAAUCUUCACUUGUGGGCGCCAACACACAAAUUGGGGAAGGUGUCAAGAUCGAAAAAUGCUCAAUCGGCUCCUCCUGCAUCAUUGAGCAAAAUGUGACUUUGUCUGGGUGCAUAAUCAUGGAUGGAGUCACCAUCAAAGAGGGAACAGUACUUACUGACUGCCUGAUUUCAGACAAAGCAAACAUAGGAACAAACUGCAAUCUCAAAUCUUGCCUUGUUGAUGCCAAAUUUUCAGUUCCUAGCAUAACUGAAUCCAGUUCUAAAAUUCUGUCUGGUGUGCUAAUGAGCACCGAGUAGCGACGUGCUGUUAGCAGAGUGAUUGAUGAUCCCAAAUUGAGGUAAAAUGAUUUUGGUCACUGUAUUAAAAAUAAUCAUCACAAGUAUCAA